CAUCUGCCUGCCAACUUCAAAAUGUCCAACGCACAACUGGCCUUCUUCUUGCGGGAGGCCCAGAUCACAGGACAGACAGUUGGCGGCAGCAGUAAGAGCAGCAGCAGCUCCACUGGACAUCCGCUGCAGCGCUCGGAGAGUUUUGUGGUUUUUCAGACAAAAGACCUCCCUGCCAUCAACAUAAGCUUCGGGCCUUUUGCCCAGGACCAGGCUUUGUCCAAGGAGUUGCUCCAGCCAGCCAGCCCUCUGGAUAUUCCGGGCCAUUUGACAGUUGGCUGGAAGGUGCGGGCUUUUAUUGUCCAAGCGAGGGUCUUCUCCAACAACCCCACCGUCCAGGUGUUCUUCUAUAUUGCUGGACGCGACUGGGACGACUUCAAGGCUCAGGACAACCUGCCGUGCAUCCGCCUGCACGCUUUCCGAGACGUUCGUGAAAUUAAGACAUCCUGUCGCCUAAGAGGCAACCUGGCGCAGUGCCUGGCCCAGCUGGAGCUGCCUCCGUCUUGGUUCAACACGAAUGUCGCCCCUCUGGGUCGGAGGAAAGGCUCCGGCGAUGGGCUUCUGGAUGGGCUGACCAGUGAGACCCUUCAGGCUGAGCUCUACUACACGCUGCAUGAGCCUAAUGUGGACGGGGAGUGCAGCGAGGGUCAAAGAGGGGGCGGCCCGUCCCGGGGAGAGCCUCUGCCGCAGCACCCUCUGCUGCGCAUUGGGAGUAUCAGCCUGUACCAGGCCAGCCAGGAGCAGCUGCUGGUGGACAAACAGUUGGACAAGAACAUGUUCCUCAGACUGCCAGAGAAGCCCCUGAAGCCUGGAGAAACUCUGAAGAUCCUGCUGUACCUGAUGCCCAACUCCACCAACCCUAAAACUCCCAGUGUUAAUGUUUUUCUGCUCAGGGUUCAGAGCAGAAAAACAACACUGAGUGGCAAAAUGAGCAGAUCUGGAGAUUGGCACAUAACAAGCCACUUGUUGACUGGAGGAGCUCACACCGCCGCCAUGCUUUCACUGUGGCUCUGCUCUGUGUCUUUGUCGUUAUCACCUGCCAGGGAUGCGUUGGGGAACGUGGAGGUGAUGCAGUUGGAUUUCGAGAUGGAGAACUUCACCAGCCUGUCGGUGACCAGAAGGAUCAACUGGAACAUCGACUACAAGGGGCAGAACCCGGUGCCUGAUUCAGAAAAGGUUGUGACGGAGCUGACGGUGGUGCAGCGGGACAUUCAGGCCAUCAUCCCUCUGGCAAUGGACACCGAGAUCAUCAACACGGCCAUUCUGACCGGGCGCACUGUGGCCAUUCCCGUCAAAAUGGUCUCCAUAGAGAUGAACGGGGCCGUCACGGACGUCUCAGCCUUCGUGCAGUGCAAGUCUUCUAAUGAAGACAUCGUAAAGGUUUCCAUGAAUUGCGACUACGUGUUUGUCAACGGAAAGGAGACGCGAGGCUCCAUGAACGCCAGGGUCAUCUUCAGCUACGAGCACCUGAGCGCGCCGCUGGAGCUCACCGUCUGGGUGCCCAAACUCCCCCUGCAGGUGGAGCUGACCGACAGCAGCCUGAGCUUCAUCAAAGGCUGGAGGGUUCCCAUCCUGCCUGACCGCAGGAGCACCAGAGAUAGCGAUGCGGAUGAUGAAGAUGAUGAGCGCCGGAUGAGUCGCGGCUGCGCCCUCCAGUACCAGCGGGCCCAGGUCAAAGUGCUGACCCAGUUUCACACCACUUCCACAGAAGGCACCGACCAGGUCAUCACCAUGUUGGGACCAGACUGGCAGGUGGACGUCACAGACCUCGUCCAGGAUUCCCUGAAGGUGGCUGACCCCAAGGUUGCAGAGCUGGUGGACAGGACGAUUCUGGUGGGCCUGGAGAUGGGAUCCACUAAGCUGAAGGUUGAGUCUCCGCUGGCAGUGGACGCGGUGCUCGGGGAGGCGGCCUUCUCCGUCACAGAUGACAAGGUGUCCAUCACAGAGCUGCGAGUCCACGCCGUCUCCGGCCUGAGCCUGUCUCUGCAGCCCAGCCCCGGCAACAGCCACACCAUGGUGGCCAAGGCCACCGGCGCCCACACGCUCACGGCUCUCAAACAGGAGGCCAGUUUGUCUGUCUGGAUGCUUUUCAGUGACAACACAGCCACCCCUCUGAUUUACUUUGAUCCCAAAGACUACAACCUCAACGCCUCUUCGCUGGAUGACAAAGUCGUGUCGAUAACCCAGGAGCCUCAGCAGCGCUGGCCUGCAGUGGUGGCAGAAGGCGAGGGAUCCGGCGAAUUGGUGCGUGUAGAGAUGACCAUCUGUGAGGCCUGCCAGAAGACCAAACGCAAAAGUGUCAUUGCAUCUGCUAUGGUUCAUGUCAAAGUUCGCUUUGGCCCGGAGGAGGACUCCGAGGAAGAGGCAACCACGGAGGGUGAAAUUGAGCUGGCUCCCAUCACCAGGCGGACAAUCAUUGAUCCCAACAUCAAUGGAAGAAUUUACGAGACUUCUAAUGAGCAGCCUGCCAGUGUUCCCAUUGAUUACACCAAUUUCCCCACAAUUAGCAACCAAGAGCGGCCGACUGAGAGUGCUGAGGAGGAAGAGGAUGACUUUGUUCAUUCACCUCGCAACAUGACAGACCUUGAAAUUGGCAUGUAUGCCCUAUUAGGUGUCUUCUGCCUGGCUAUUUUAGUGUUUCUUAUCAACUGCAUUGUCUUUGUGCUAAAAUAUCGCCAUAAGCGCAUCCCGCCUGAAGGACAGGCCAACAUGGACCAUUCCCACCACUGGGUGUUCCUUGGAAACGGCCAGCCCUUGAGGGCCCAGUGUGAUCUGUCGCCACAGCAGGUGGAAAGUCCCAGCAACCCUUUGGAGGGUGUACAGACUUGCUGCCAUGCGGACCACCACAGCAGUGGCAGCUCCCAAACUAGCGUUCACAGCCAGGUUUAUGGAAGGGGGGACGGUAGCUCUGGAGGGUCCACAAAGGAUAAUGGUGAGGAGGCCAGUUCGCCCACCUCCAAGCGCAAGAGAGUCAAGUUUACCACGUUUACCACCCUUCCCACAGAGGAACUGCCCUACAACUCCAUCCCAAUUGCAGACGAGGAGGACAUUCAGUGGGUUUGCCAGGAUAUGGGCUUUAAAGACCCAGAGGAAUUACAUGAUUACAUGCGCAGAAUAAAAGAAAUAGCCUGAGAUAGGAGGCGCCACUCGCAGCUUUCUAAAAUAAAAGACAGCUCCUUUCUAUUUUUCUCUUUUUCACACAAGUGAAAGCGAAUUUUUCACAGACUAAAAGGCCAAGAGUCGUUUGGGUUAGGGUUUGUUCCGUGUAGUUUGCACAGUGCUGUAGAAUCAUACACCCUCACACAGAAGAGAAUGCAAGGAAGCCAAAGACUUGA